GAUUUAGAUGAGACUCAGUUGCCCGAGUCCACAGAGCAGACUAGUGCUCAACCAGAGCUUGCCCAGCCGGAGGUCAUGGUACCGCAGCAUCAUCCCCUUACAGGAACACAGCAUCGACGUGCAGUGCGUGGUCCUAGUAGGAAUCUUGUUUUGAAAAAAUAUGUGCAUACACACAAUGAAAAACCGAAGGUACAGAUAUUUCGAGAUCAUCCAAUUGGCACAAAGGCUAGUAUCGUCGCAAAUGAGAUCAGUUUGUAUAUGUGGAAUCAUUUUCCGUGGGCUGCUGAAAGUUUCAAGCAUGUAGCUCCUCGAUACCGUGAUGCUCUAGUCUCUCACAUCAAGGAUAAUAUUGACUUCGAGGACUGCACUGACGAAGAAGUGACGGUAUGUAUUCUCAAAAUGGCUGCAAAUAGAUAUAGAGAUCGGCGAUGUAGGCUUCAUAAAUACUGCAAUGAGCUGUAGGCGAAGGGGAUUGAUCCUGUGACCCAGCCAUACAGAAAUUGGACUGGGUCUAGUGACGAUUGGCGGUGGUUACGUGAGCAUUUUGGAAGUGAGGCAUUUCAGGUAUGUCUAGUGUUUCAAGUUUUUUUAAUUUUGUUAUGUCCUUUAUUGGUUAUAAUUGUAUGUAUUUUGUAGCGACGAUCGGAGGCGAAUAAGGUGAAUAGGAGCAAGAUUGAUUCUAUUCACACGCAAGGAAGUGCCUCUUUUGCACAGGAAAUGAAGAGGAUGGUACGUAACUACAUUUGCAAUCAUACUUU